AUGUCUGCCUCAACUCGAAUUCCCCCAAUCGCCCAGCCCUUCGUCAGCGACCGGGCCAAGAAGACCCUGGAUCUGGUCGAAGAAUUCGUCGAGAAAGAAUGUAUCCCCGCCGAAGCCCUGUUCUCCGCGCAGCUCGGCGUAGGCGAGCAACGAUGGAAGACCAACCCCGCCAUCAUGGAGGAUCUCAAGAUUAAGGCCCAGAAGAUUGGCCUGUGGAACAUGUUCCUGCCCAAGAGCCACUUCUCGCAGGGCGCAGGGUUCAGUAACCUCGAGUAUGGGCUUAUGGCAGAGUACUUGGGGAAAAGUAAGGUUGCGAGCGAGGCCACGAACAAUGCCGCGCCGGAUACUGGUAAUAUGGAGGUCCUGGCCAAGUAUGGCAAUGAGGAACAGAAGGCUCGCUGGCUGACGCCUCUGCUUGAGGGCAAGAUCCGGUCUGCAUUCCUCAUGACAGAGCCAGAUAUCGCGUCUAGCGAUGCGACGAAUAUCCAGCUUGAUAUCCGGCGGGAGGGAAAUGAGUACAUUCUCAACGGCUCUAAAUGGUGGUCCUCCGGCGCCGGCGACCCCCGCUGCCAAAUCUAUCUCGUAAUGGGCAAGACCGACGCCCGCAACCCAGACACCUACAAGCAGCAGUCCGUCCUUCUAGUCCCCGCGUCCACCCCGGGCAUCACCAUCCACCGCAUGCUCAACGUCUACGGCUACGACGACGCGCCGCACGGCCACGGUCACAUCACCUUCAAGGACGUGCGCGUCCCCCUAUCUGCCAUGGUCCUCGGUGAAGGCCGUGGCUUCGAGAUUAUCCAGGGCCGCCUAGGCCCCGGUCGCAUUCACCACGCCAUGCGAACCAUCGGCGCCGCAGAGCGCGCAAUCGACUGGCUUAUUGCGCGCAUAAACGACGACCGCAAGAAGCCCUUCGGCCAGCCUCUCUCGUCGCACGGCGUGAUCCUCGAGUGGCUUGCAAAGUCCCGCAUUGAGAUCGACGCCGCGCGCCUGAUUGUGCUGAAUGCGGCAAUCAAGAUCGACCAGGGCAAUGCGAAGUUCGCGCUCAAGGAGAUUGCCCAGGCAAAGGUGCUGGUGCCGCAGGCUGCGUUGACGGUCAUCGAUCGUGCCGUGCAGGCUUAUGGGGCCGCGGGUAUCUGUCAGGAUACGCCGCUGGCUUAUAUGUGGGCGCUGGUGAGGACAUUGAGGAUUGCGGAUGGACCUGAUGAGGUGCAUUUGCAGCAGCUUGGGAAGAGGGAGAAUAAGUCAAGGCGGGAGGAAGUUGUCAAGAGAGUCGCUUGGCAAAAGGAGCAGAGUGAUAAGAUUCUUACUGCGAACGGGUUUGGGAAGACGAAGAGUCUGCUAUAG